AUGAGUGAUGAUGCGUUAUUCGCUUGGGAUUGCGAAACGUAUUCAGAAAAAGACACGCGAAGAGCAAUUCCUUAUGCCUGCACUUUAAUUAAUUUAGAAAAACUAAGGAAAAUGUUAAACAGAAUAAAUAAUCUCUUUCCAGAUUUAAAGUCGUCAGAUCCCAUUCCAGAAGAAUUUUAUGAUAAACUAAUGAAUGUAGUAGAAAUAUUUGUAGGUACAGAUUGCAUCGAUCAAAUGUUAAUUUCUCAUAACGGCAGUGGAUUCGACAACUGGAUCAUGCUUAAAAAUGCAAAAAAACUAACGCAUUGCCCUUUAAAAACACCCAGAGGAAUUCUAUCUUUUCCUUUAUCUAAUCCAUACACGGAUGAAGAUUUACAGAAAAAAUGGAAAAGACAGAAAGAAAUAAAGGGUAAUUAUUUACAACAUAUUAAUUUCACGUCUUCCUAUCAACACGAAUCCUCUAGUUUGACUGCAUGGGGAAAUUCUUCCAAUCUUCCCGCGAAUUUGAGAAAGAUUGCCGACGUAGAUAUCGCUAAAUACACGCAAGACAACUGGGAGGAAUUGAGACACGAAUGGGAACCUUACGCCAAGAGAGACACUCUCUGUUUGGGAGCUUGUUUGAUAAAAUACAACCAAGUCACGAAAGAAGUUGUAAACCAGAAUAUGUCCAAUAAUCUUACGGCUCCAUCUUUAUCUUUAAAGGGAUGGUAUUAUUUAUAUCAUUACGAUAAAGAAAUGGUGGAAGAAGAAUGGUAUGAAACUACCGAAUGGUUGCUAAACAUACCGAAAAAGAAAAUAUAG